AGCGGCCUUGUCACUCUCCCGGUCCAGAGUGGUGGGCCAAAAGGCCUCGGAGCCCAGCUUGUUGCUCAGCUUGUUCACAGGCGCGCCCAGCUUGUCGACGAGGUUCCACGCCUUGUCGAAGCCGACCUUGCCUCCGCCGCUUACUCGAGACCACCAUGUGCUUUGUUGCCCCGUCAUGUCGAGGACUUGGGACGCAUCAAUCUCCAAUGUGCGUGUGGCUUUCGUACAUGGCCAGCGGCAAUCUAGGGGAACAGGGAUCAAGGAAGAAGAGAAGGAGAAAGAGAGGCUCGACUGCUGGCCAGGAUCUUCUGGCUGGCGUAGGAAAACGGUGCUUGCUUUCCCUGUCCAUCACCGUUGACGUAUGCAUGCACAGACCCACCGAAACUCUCUCUUCCGCAGACUCCCACCAUGGCCCCGUCUUCAAUACCAAGCCCGACAAUCUUGAGCUAUUGCCCUCGAGCCUUUGCGACUUGCAACUGCAUCUCCCACUCGCUCCACCACUGACAAUGUCCUGUCGGCCAAAAAUCUAUCAGGCACCCUCGCUUUGCGCUUCCCAAUCUAACCCGCCCGCAUGCCUAAUCUGCUCCUAUAACGGCUGCUUCUUUUGCUGUCCUCGACAAAGCUAGAUGCAUGGGCUGAGACAUUCACUCCAGCGCCCGCUCGUAUCCGCUGCCAUGAGCCCUAUACGACUGUCGUCCGUCACGCGUCAGCUUUCAGCUUUGUCACUCAUCCCAUCUUGUCGUCGCUUCUUGUCGACUUUCAUCAUUG